UGAGGUGAAGGGACUUGCUCAUGGCUUUUGCUUCUGCGACUUGCUUUUCCUCCCUACUUCAACUGAAACUGCUUCCCCGCGGCCUUGCCGCCAACAGUCCCCUAUCGGUAUUUCCUUCUUCUUAUAAUAGUCGUCGUUUCAGACCUCUCAGUCCGACACUCAAAGCAAGCAGACCCUUUUCCGGCGUUGUAUCGGCUGCGGCGAAGGGUAAUUCGCAUUCGAAUUCAAAUUCCGUUGGAAUCAAAACCAGUAAAGCAGCAGCGGAAGAAGAGGAAGUAGUGGAAGAGGUGGAAGAGGAUUUACCGUGGAUUCAGGAGAAGGCCUUGGACGUGGUAGAGUUCACGGGCUCCGUCACACAGGCGAUUCCUGGACCCAGAGUGGGCACCAGCUCUCUCCCUUGGAUUCUGGCUCUCCCUCUCACCUAUGCCGGUCUCACUUUCGUCAUUGCCCUUGUCAAGACCGUCAAAAAGUUUUCUUCCCCUCGACAUAAACGCAAGAAACUGGUGAAUAAAAAUGCUAUGCUAUGCAAAUCAAUAGACGAAUUGUUUCAGAGUGGUGCAGAUCAAGUCAAACCCGAUGCCUUGCACCAGCUUGUGCAGAAGACUGGUUUUAGCAUGGAGGAAAUUUUGCGAAAGUACAUUCGGUAUACUUUGAAUGAAAAACAAUUCAACCCAGCCGUGGUUUCCAACUUAAUUCAGCUCAGAAGAGCUUCCAUGUUCGAUGAUUCUCAAGUUGCUGAAAUUCUGAAUGAAAUUUCAAGAAGAUUUGUACGAGACAAGGGCCCAGUUGUAAUGGACGUUUCAGGCUACACUGAAAGAGGUUUCAAGAGAAAAUUAGCUGUUCAAUCCCUUUUUGGAAAGGUUUUCUAUCUGUCAGAGCUUCCAGAGUUCUGUUCGAGGGAUAGCUCCUUAAUUGUCAAAGAAAUAUUUGGCGUUACAGAUGAAGAUGCGGAUAAGUUACGGAUACAUAUGCAUUCUGAAGCAGGGGAUAUAGAUUCGUUAGAAAAGAUGGUUGAUGGUUCAGAUUCAGAUGAUUCUGGUCACGGCUCUACUUAAUUCACAUGCACCGUAUCCACGUCGUUUGGCACGGAAAAGAAAAGUUGUGAAGGAGGAGGACGGAGCCACAAGGCGUGCCUUAUAAACGUAAAUCUCUUUGGUUUCAUGAGCAUGUCGAAUUUAAAAUCCAAAUUUUGUCACAGAGUUAUGUUUGAACUUCACUUUUAAAUACGAUACUAUUGGAUUUAUGUACUUGGAAAUUACUUAUAUAUGUGGGGACGGAGUAAUAUAAGGUGGCGAUGUACAAGUUGCUUGGGCACACCGUCUGUUGUGUUGUUCCAUGACCAGGACAGUUGUUGCCUUUUUCACAUUAUAAUUUUGAGACUAGACGGCAUAAUCGACCUGCAGUCCAACUUCGUCCAGUACCGUAAUCUCUACCAUCCAUAAUGGCUGAUAGGAGUCCAUCUGUGAAAGACAAAGAAAAUGCCUUGCAAUACCAGUGAAGCCGAACGUUAAGGCUUCGAUGGUGGAUAUAUCUCUUACCUGCAAUGUAUCAAACAAGUUUGAAGGUCAUUUGGGUUAAAUGAACUUUCACUUUCUA